ACUAGUGUCAGUACCACGGUCUUGUCAAUACUGUCAGUUUUUUUGUUCUGCUCCUUUUAGGUUAGGAGCGUUAACGCCUUCAACCCUCCAGGUACUGUCUGUACUGUCAGUUUAGUUAGGUGAGAUUCGAAUGAAUCGAGAAUGAAUGAUGCCAAAAGGAGUUUGCCGAACGAGGAGGAGAACGAAUUCUAUUUCGAAUCCGAUCACCUGGCACUGAAGGGCAACAAGGAUUACAGUGCCUUCCUGAAAACGAUAGUUAUUCUUGAGGCUCAGAGAGUUCAAGCCAUAGAAGAUCUGGACAAGCUUAUGUCGGUGCGUGCCGAGGCGCUGAAGGAUCCGAUAUCGUUCGUGGCACAGCUGCAAAACGGUGAUCUUCCAGAGCUACCUGGUCCGCAGAAGAUCGCUGAGAUUCCCUACAUCGAUUGGUCGCGAUACAACGUUUCAGUGCCGGACGUACGGAUGAGGCCGCAAACUCGACAUGGACACGUGUUGCCUCAAAUGCAAACAAAAACCGAACAGGAAAAUGGGAAGAUUUUGGUCAGAGGUCGUGCCUUCGAUGAGAGUAAGCCCGAGACUUUCAAUCAAUUGUGGACAGUGGAGGAGCAAAGGCGACUCGAAGAACUCUUAAUUGUGUAUCCACCAGAAGAAAUAGAAAUGAGACGUUGGACCAAGAUAGCGAAUGCAUUAGGAAAUCGUACGCCUAAGCAAGUAUCCAGUAGAGUUCAGAAGUACUUCAUUAAGCUCUUAAGAGCAGGUUUACCCAUACCAGGCAGAGGACCUAAGUUAAAGCUGGACGUCAAGAGAAGUUUAACUCAUAAACAGCGUAACAAUCAUUUCUUAUUUAAACGCUCGACGUUCUUUCCACAUCAAGAUAUUUCCUUUAAUUCGUCAGAUGAGAUUAGGGAACAGCCUGUAGCAGAGGAAUCUGAGGAUGAUACACUAAACGGAGGAAGUGAUGAUAAUCCCGAGUUAAGGCAGAUACAUUUAUUGCGCCAAGUAAAGACUGAAAAGGAACAGGACUCUCCUGCAUACAAACAUAUUGGAUACAAAUGUACAGUGUGUGGUGAGGAACCUUUAAAGGGUACCAGAUGGCAUUGUGCAGAAUGUCUUGGUGGAAUUGAUUUAUGUGGUAAUUGCGCACUAGCACAAUUGGAAGCAGAAAAUCCCUCACACGAUCCAUCCCAUAGGUUAAUUCCCAUAAAACCACUACUGUGUACUAGAAGUUAUGAUAUAGAUUAUCUUCCACAAAAUUUUAAUGAUUCUUCCUACAAUUAUCUCGAUCCAAAUUUCCUGCCCGGAUAACCCGAAUAAAUAAAUUUAUU